AUUGAUUCAAAUUGCUACUGAGGCAGGGAGUCUCGAGCCGAUCAGCCAAGCCAAGGCAGAGCGAGUGAGCGUUGCAUAGCGAGGGGAAGAGGUGGUUUGCUUCGUUCAGUAUUUUUUUUAUGAACAAAACUACGAAUCACCUCUUCUUUUAAAGAUGUGGACAGAAGUCGGGAAGCUAAUGCUCUUACACGUGUUACUAUUGGAGCUCCACUCCACCCAAGGGAUUCAUACCGAUACGGAUUGUGAAACGGGUCAGUUUCAAUGCAAGAACGGAAGGUGUGUACCUACUCUCUGGAGAUGUGACGAUGACGACGACUGCUCUGAUAACAGCGAUGAAGAAAACUGUCCGAAGAAGACGUGUGCCACCACGGACUUUGCUUGUAAGAACGGCCAGUGUAUUCCCCAGCGGUGGCGUUGUGACGGCGAGCCGGAGUGUGCAGAUGCAUCAGACGAGGCAGAUGCUACAUGCAGUCGACAGACGUGCCCACCUGAGAAGUUUGACUGUGGGGGGUCAACCAGCAAGUGUGUCUCGUUGUCAUGGAGAUGUGACGGCGAAAGGGACUGCGAGAACGGAGCGGACGAGGACCAGUGUUCCGCAGACGCCAAUGCCUGCCCCGCCAAGGAGUUCCAGUGCCAUAACAGGAAAUGUGUGGCUCCCAUCUUUGUGUGCGACGGCGAUGACGACUGCGGGGAUUGGAGUGAUGAGGAGAAGUGUUCCAUUUCCAGCUGUAGCUCCCACGAGUUCCGCUGUAACGACUCGGAGUGCAUCCCGGCUCUGUGGAGCUGCGAUGGGGACCCUGACUGCGGGGAUAAGUCUGACGAGUCUAUGGAGCGCUGUAGUCGCCGGACAGAGCCCCAGAAGGCCCGGUGCUUGGCGGGGGAGUUCCAGUGUGGAAGUGGAGAGUGUGUCCACCUCAACUGGAAGUGUGACGGAGAAGCCGACUGCAAGGACAAAUCUGACGAGGCUGACUGCGCUCUGCUGACCUGCCGUCCAGAUGAGUUCCAGUGUGGUGAUGGGUCCUGUAUCCAUGGAACCAAGCAGUGCAACAGGGUGCACGACUGUCCUGACUUCAGUGAUGAGGCCGGCUGUAUCAACGUCACUAAGUGUGAUGGCCCCAGGAAGUUCAUGUGCAAGAAUGGACAGUGUAUCAACAGCAGCAAGGUGUGUGAUGCCGUCAAAGACUGCAAGGACUGGUCAGAUGAACCUAUGAAGGAGUGUGGUGUGAAUGAGUGUGCAGACAAAAAUGGAGGCUGCUCUCACAUCUGCAGAGACAGGAGGAUUGGCUAUGCGUGUGACUGUCCCUCUGGAUACCAACUAAUGGACAAGAAGACCUGUGAAGACAUAGAUGAGUGUCAACAGCCUGACUCCUGCAGCCAGAUCUGCAUCAACUACAAAGGAGACUACAAGUGUGAAUGUUAUCAGGGCUAUGAGAUGGACCCCAGCACCAAGACCUGCAAGGCCGUGGGGAAGAGCCCGUACCUGAUGUUCACUAACCGCCAUGAGAUCUGCCGUAUAGACCUGGCAAAGAGAGAAUACAGUCAGGUGGUCCACACUCUGAAGAAUGCUGUAGCCUUGGAUGUGGAUGUCACCACCAACAAGAUGUACUGGUGUGACCUCUACCAGCGCAAGAUCUACAGUGCGUACAUCAACAAGGCCAGUGAUUCGUCGGAGCAGGUGACUCUGAUUGAGACAGCGCUGUCCUCUCCAGAGGGGCUGGCUGUUGACUGGGUCCAUAACAACAUCUACUGGACCGACUCCGGAGAUAAGACCAUCUCCGUCGCCACGGGAGAUGGCAAGAAGAGGAAGGUCCUGAUCGACACUGAGCUGAGCGAACCACGGGCCAUCGCUGUGGACCCCCGACAAGGGUUUAUGUACUGGUCUGACUGGGGGACCCAGGCGAAGAUAGAGAAGGCUGGCAUGAACGGAGUGGACCGCCAAGUACUGGUGUCAGAGAGGAUUGAAUGGCCCAACGGCAUCACUCUGGACCUAUCCAACAGGCGUCUGUACUGGGUGGACUCUAAGCUGCACCUGCUCUCCAGCAUCGACCUGAACGGUGACAACCGCAAAGUGCUGCUCUUUUCCCAGGACCACCUGGGGCACCCCUUCGCUCUCACCGUCUUCGAGGACCGUGUGUACUGGACAGACCUGGAGGAUGAGGCUAUCUACAGCGCUAACAGGCUAACAGGACAUGAUGUGGCUACGCUAGCAGAACACCUCAAUAACCCUCUAGAUGUUGUGGUGUUCCACGAACUACGCCAACCCAAAGCUCCAGACAGCUGUAACAUGGGUAGUCUACCUAAUGGGGGCUGUGAGUACCUGUGUCUCAAAGCCCCCCAGAUCACUGACCACUCCCCCAAGUACACCUGUGCCUGCCCGGACGGCAUGGAGCUGGGACCAGGCAUGAGACGAUGUGCCAUAGUCAAACGCAAGACAACCACGUCAGCUCCUACCACAGCCACCACUACUACCACUGCAACUCCUACCACAGCCACCACCCCAGCCACCACAACUACCACUCCAACCACAGGUGCUACUACAACCACCUCCACAACUACAGAACCGACCACAGCCACACGGUCGACCGCAGUUCCUUCGACGUCCCCCCCACCUCCUCCCCCCAGGACAACAGCUUCGUGGAGGACCCCUCCCUCCACCUCUGGCCCCCGCUCCACGUCCACACCCCCUCUACUGCCCAACAACAUCCAGAGAGAGAACGCUAACCUAUCCCACCGCUCUGGGAAUGACCACUAUCUCCUGGGUAACAACAUAACAGUGGCGGUCCUGGGUAUAGUGAUUCCUAUAUUUCCUAUCCUUGCCACAGUGGUCAUCGGCCUGCUCUGCACCGCCGGAUACCUGAUCUGGUGUAACUGGCGCCGGAAGAACACCAAGAGUAUGAACUUCGACAACCCCGUCUACCGUAAGACCACGGAGGACGACGAUGACGAGAUUCACAUCGGUCGUACUGGAGAGUCUAUCGGUCACGUCUACCCCGCUGUGAGUGGCAGCGCCCACCAGCCAUUCCUAGCCCUGCCCCUGGGGGGCGGGAUCACAGACAGCAACUCCCAUUGGUACUCGGGGGCGCCCAUGCAUCCCACCGGCAAAUGAGAUGAGAAGGGGUGGGACUUGGAGAUAGAGAGAGGGUUGGAGUGUGUGGGGGUGGGAGAGUCUCCAAGACAGGGACAGGCUUACAUCCUCACACACACACACACACACACACACACACACACACACACACACACACACACACACACACACACACACACACACACACACACACACACACACACACACACACACACACACACUUAAGUCACAAAAUCAUUCCAAAAACUUCCUUGGUCAAACACAGAUGUUGAGCCCUUCAUCACCAGCCCAUCACCACAUUAUCUUCACCUUCAUUCAUCAUAUAGUCUAUUGGGUCUCUAUACAUCUCCACAUUUCUUCAUUCAUCAGAUAGUCUAUUGGGUCUCUAUCCAUCUCCACAUUCCGUGUUUUGACAGUGUGUGUCACUGUGUUGUCGUUGUGCGUUAGGGAGGCACAGCGCCCUGGGUUGUAGCUUUACUCUCUCCUCUAUGAAGACUUAGUGAAGGGAGCGUCAAACCUGCUCGAUCCCCUUUGGAGUGUAAAUUAGGCAAAAGGGGAACAGUAACCAGAACAGAAACAGCCCCUUAGAUGACGGGACAAUCUUUAAUCAUAUUCAUUUAUUCCUGAUUAUUCUUGUUUUUAAUGACAUAUUUCUCUGCAUGAGCGUUUAGUUUUUCAAGCGGUGUACUUGUAAGGUAUCUUCAACAGAGAUCUGCUGGUAAACAUGAACAAGACAGAGGUGGGAGGGGUUAGCGCUGUGAUCAGUUUGCAUGGUGACACGCAUUGCUGUCGUGGCGUGGUAGAGACAGCAGGAGAGAGGGGUGGGACUAUGGCUGCAUGAUAGGUUAUACACACACACACCUGGUAUGCUACAGUGCUGUGCUGAGAGGUCAUGUUGAAUAACACCUCAUCUUAAGAGCGGGUAGUGGGUUAGGAAACAAGCUUCCACCUGGGCUUUCCCUAUUCUCUUUUCUUCUCCUCUCCCCUCCCUCCUCCUCUCCUCUCUUCAUGGUGUUUCAGUCAGAGAGAGACAUCAGAAUGUCCUGAGGUGGAUCUCUGUAAGCCCCUGCAGCUCUCCUCACAUCACUGCCAAAUCAGUGUGCUGAGGAUAGAGGGAUGAGAGGAGGAGGACUGGGAUCUGCAUUAAGGAGAGCUUUUCUCUUUUGCUCUGUCUCUAUGUUGCUCUCUUUCUCUCACUUUUAGUUCUCUUCCUCUGUCCUUUCUGCUCUUUAUCUUUCUGGUCCUCUCUGUCUCAGUCUCCCUUUCAGCUCUCCUUCAAACACACACUGAAACACAGACACACACACAAACACUGUGGUAACUUUGUUUUAUCUGCUCUCUGCAGCGCGUGGCGCUCAGUCUGGAGGAUGACGGAUUCCCCUGAGGGGCACGCCGUGUCUCCGCCCCAUCCCUCCAUAUCCUGGGGUGACCACACUGCAGAGGAGGGGGGCACAGAGAGAGAGAGUGAGAGAGAGCCUGCUCAUACAGUAAUCUAACCCCCCAAGGACGUUAGGACGUAUAUUUUACUUAUACGUGUACCCCCCAACUCGUGUCUCUAAAACACAUCCUCUCUCUCUCUUACACCUAACUGUAAUGUCCUACUACUUUACUACUAGUUACAACUGCGCUGUCCUCUGCUCUUCUCUUAGCUCCUCGUUAGUUAGGUAGUUCCUGUAGUUAGAUGUAGUGCUGAAUGCUACUGUCUGUCUUACUGAUGACUAACCUCAUUGCCCAUCAGUGCACAUGUAAAUAGAGGCUGGUUCUCCCUGGGUAGACUACUGUACUGUGCCAGCAACAGGGGAAUGGCCAGCUGUAUUUAAUUAUUAUUUUGUUUUGACUUUAUUUAUUGUUUGUGUUUGCUGGUGAAAAUAUGAUCGGGCCAGGCCUGUGCCACUGAGGAUAGGCUACGCAUGGCUAGAGCCAAGUGGAAUGGGUGUAGGGAUGAGGGUGUUGGGGGGUAUUUUGUGUGGGGGGCAUGCCAGAGGGCAGCGCCACAGGAAAAAGCAGCAGGGCAGAACUCGGGUGAGGGAGGAUUAUGGGUAAUCCGCUCUGCUGUCACCCAGAGGUACACAAAAGUUACUAGAUAAUGACCAGGGGGAAGGGACGGGGUGGGAUGGAGGUCGGAGGACGUUUUUUAAACUAGGAAGAUUUGGUGGUACACAUUCCCUGCUGUUGGUCUCUGUGUCUGUGUGAGCAGAGAUGUUUUUCUCUAACUUUGGAAGACGUUUUAGGGACUCUGUAGAAGAGGGUCCCACUACUGAUUUAAAUGGAAGGAAAAUGACAACCCAAUGAAGAAACAGAACUGAGCACUGGAUUUGUGUUAGAUUGCCGGCCAGAAUCACAGCUUCUGAGUUGAAUACAGUUGUAUAUCAGUCAGGGUAUCCACUAGCUUCCACUACCAUUUCCUGUCUGGUUAGUUCCCAUACUUACGUCUUCCGUACUGAGGAUAUAUUUCAGUAUAUUUCAGUUCUCAGUGUAAUAAGGAGUGGAUGGACUACUAUAAACAGAAGCAAGAUAUAUUUUACUAGAGAAGACAUCCAUUGUUGGGUUUGCAGAAUCAGUCUGGGUGUGGUACACUGGAUUGUUUGGGGGACUAUCAUCCAUGCAAUAGCAUUCUGUCUUCCAUGCCAUUAGAACCUGCCUAGCAACAGGUGAUAUCAUCAGGGAGGGGCCCUCUGCACCAGCACAGUUAUGGGACUGAAGGAAACAAUUUAUUGUGAUUCUGUCAUAGGUUCAUAAUAAGCGAAUAGGUACAGUGGAUAGUUUUGAGUGUGUACAUUUAUGCUCUGCUACUGAACAAACAAACUUGACUAUUUUCUUCUAUAGCACUGGAUAUAAGAGCGUCUGCUAAAUGACUUAAAUGUAAAUGUAAAUGAAGGCCCAAUUGAGAGACGUGGCUGUCUAAGCUCUUUCUGUAAGCAAGACUUCACUAGAGCUGUUUAGCUGUCUUUCUGCUGGUAGUCAGUACACUGUCGAGGAUUCAUAUGAGAACCUGCUAACUGAAGGUAUUGACUUCAACUACUCCAUCUUCUUUCUGUAAGAAAGCACAGAGACUUUUGGGAAGGAAGUGGGACACAUGCUAGUGCAUGUAUUCACACAGAGACACAGACAUACACACACAGAAAUACACACACAGAGACACAGACAUACACACACAGAAAUACACAGACAUUCACACACAGAAAUACACACACAGAGACACAGACAUACACACACAGAAAUACACACACAGAGACACAGACAUUCACACACAGAGACACAGACAUUCACACACAGAGACACACACACAGAGACACAGACAUUCACACACAGAGACACACACACAGAGACACAGACAUUCACACAAAGAAACACACACACAGAGACACAGACAUUCACACAAAGAAACACACACACAGAGACACAGACAUUCACACAAAGAAACACACACACAGAGACACAGACAUUCACACAAAGAAAUACACACACAGAGACACAGACAUACACACACAGAGACACACACACGGAGACACAGACAUUCACACACAGAAACACACACACACACACAGACACAGACAUACACACACAGAAAUACACACACAGAGACACAGACAUACACACACAGAGACACAGAAACACACACACGGAGACACAGACAUUCACACACAGACACAGACAUACACACACAGACAUACACACACAGACACAGACAUACACACACAGAGACACAGACAUACACACACACACAGAAACACGCACACACAGACACAGACUUACACACACACAGAAACACACACACACGGAGAAACACACUUACAUACACAAUUUGGCAGACAGGCUGCAUUUGUGGUGCUCGAGGCAGCUCGCUCAGUGGUUGAUUGGCUGAUUUAUGAUAGCUAUACAUCAUGGCUCUCCUUCCUUCAAUGGAAAUUUUUGCUUCCAGGUGAUGACAGGAGGAUGAGAGAGAGCAGCCACAGGUUAGCCGAUCUGUAUAUUUAUGGACAUGCCAAUCUAAUCAAUGGUUUUGCUCUCUGGCAAAUCAGGUGAUAGAGUGCCUAUACAGUGCCUUGCAAAAGUAUUCAUCCCCCUUGACGUUUUUCAUAUUUUGUUGCAUUACAACCUGUAAUUUAAAUGGAUUUUCAUUUGGAUUUCAUGUAAUGGACAUACACAAAAUAGUCCAAAUUGUUGAAGUGAAAUGAAAAAAAUUACUUGUUUAAAUUAUUUUUUUAACAUUUUAAACAGAAAAGUGGUGCGUGCAUAUCUAUUCACCCCCUUCGCUAUGAAGCCCCUAAAUAAGAUCUGGUGCAACCAAUUACCUUCAGAAGUCACAUAAUUAGUCAAAAUAAAGUCCACCUGUGUGCAAUCUAAGUGACACAUGAUCUGUCACAUGAUCUCAGUAUAUAUUCACCUGUUCUGAAAGGCCCCAGAGGCUGCAACACCACUAAGCAAGGGGCACCACCAAGCAAGUGGCACCAUGAAGACCAAGGAGCUCUCCAAACAGGUUAGGGACAAAGUUGUGGAGAAGUACAGAGCAGGGUUGGGUUAUAAAAAAAUAUCCAAAACUUUGAACAUCCCACGGAGCACCAUUAAAUACAUUUUUCAAAAAUGUCAUGAAUAUGGCACCACAACAAACCUGCCAAGAGAGGGUCGCCCACCAACACUCACAGAACAGGCAUGGAGGGCAUUGAUCAGAGAGGCAACAAAGAGACCAAAGAUAACCCUGAAGGAGCUGCAAAACUCCACAGCGGAGAUUGGAGUAUCUGUCCAUAGUACCACUUUAAGCCGUUGUCGUGUCUUUGCCAUCAUUAAAAUGAGGACUGUUAUUUUAUCAAAUCAAUUCUCUGUAAUUAUUAUUACAUGAUUAAACUAAUCAUGUAAAUGUAAUUAACUAGGACGUCGGGGCACCAAGGAAAGUAUUCUGAUUACAAAGUUAUUAUUUUCCUAAUAUAACUUUCAGAUAUUUUAAUAUCUGAACAAUUAGUCUUCUAAUUAAUGAAUUGUUCUUUACCUCACGUUAGUCUCAUUCCAAAUGUCGUAAAUUGUUGGUUAUCUGCACGAACCCAGUCUUCACUAUGAAUCAUCCAUACAUCAAUUGUCUCAAUCAUUUAUUUAUUAAAUAACUAAAUAAUCACAGAAAUGCAUCAACAAACAAACAAAGUAGAUGUGAUUACAAGGAAAUGGUAGGGGAUGUGCCCUAGUGGGCUAAACCAGUACAAAGGGACUGAGAAGGGCGCGAAAGACAAAAGACCCUACAAAGUUGAUAAUUAUAACAAUUUAAAUGCUAAUCCUUUACACAUGAACGCUCACUCAUUCGGGAAUAAUUGCAAUCAAUAUAUAUAUUUAUGUGUCGUCGUGAUCUCUGUUGGAAUCGUCCUUCUUUCUGUUGGAAGUUCAUCCGCCCAUCUCUCUGCGUCCCUGGAGUCUUUGGUUAGAAUGAUUACUUUAGAGUAACAUUCAGAAAUAUUCUUAUGAAUAGAUGUUUCGGUGGUUGUCAGUCCUUGCAUCUCAGUGGUACAUAAUUUCUAGCAGCAGACUAGUAAUUAGUAUUGAAGAUUUGCUCUUAUUCUGUCGGAAUCGAUAGUCUCAGAGUUUCAACAACCAUUACAACCUUAGCUUAUACUGAGGUUUUUAUGGUCUCUACUCAAUCCUCCGCCCCCUCUGUGAUCGAGGUAAGCUUGGUCUGAAGGGAAAUUCCCAAGGUGGGGGUUAUAUCCAGAACAUUAGGAAAGGGCUGUCCCAUGACGCCAGAUCAAUGUCUGUGCUCAUGGGGCGGGCCUAUGACUUAGUUAAACUACAAAGGGAAUUGGAGUUUCCUUCAUUCAACAGUUUAAAAUCACAUUACAUAAUUUCACAAAUAGUUUCAUCUUUACCCAUUAAUUUUAUACAACAAGUAGAUGCAAGCCUCACAACUGAGACUCUUGUAUAAACAGAGUUAUGGUAAUGUGGCUGUAUUGUCUCUCAUGAGUUUCACAAACAUUAAACGAAAUGGACCGGUCUUAGCUGGUUUCUCCCCCGACCGUGUACACAUUCUCCAAAACAUGGACAUUGUUCAGUUCUCAAGUUCUAUGAUGGAGAAGAGGUUCCUUUGUUCUCCUGUGAAACCUUCUCUCUAUACUGCCUGGCCACGAGGAGAGAGACUCCUCUAGGAAUUUAUGACCUGUGGGGGAAGAGAGAGGUGGUGAGAGAGAAGGUGGAUGGUGCUCGCUAUACCCAAAGAGGGCCACGUCAUGACACCUUACACUCCACAGAGCUGGGCUUUAGGGAAGAGUAGCCAUAAAAAAAGGCAUUGCUUCAAGAAAAAAAUAAGCAAACACGUUUGGUGUUCGCCAAAAGGCAUGUGGGAGACUCCACAAACAUAUGGAAAAAGGUGAUGACACUAAAAUGUAGCUUUUUGGCCAUCAUGGAAAACGCUAUCGGCAGGGACUGGGAAAUUGGUCAGAAUCGAAGGAAUGAUGGAUGGCGCUAAAUACAGGGAAAUUCUUGAAGGAAACCUAUUUCAGUCUUCCAGACAUUUGAGACUGGGACGGAGGUUCACCUUCCAGCAGGACAAUGACACUAAGCUUACUGUUAAAGCAACACUUGAGUGGUUUAAGGGGAAACAUUUAAAUGUCUUGGAAUGGCCUAGUCAAAGCCCAGACUCCAAUCAAAUUGAGAAUCUGUGGUAUGACUUAAAGAUUGCUGUACAGCAGCGGAAUCCGUCCAACUUGAAGGAGCUGGAGCAGAUUUGCCUUGAAGAAUGGGCAAAAAUCCCAGUGGCUAUAUGUGCCAAGCUUAUAAAGACAUACCCCAAGAGACUUGCAGCUGUAAUUGCUGCAAAAAGUGGCUCUACAUAGUAUUGACUUUGGGGAGGGUGAAUAGUUAUCCAAGCUCAAGUAUUUCUUGUUUGUUUCACAAUAAAAAUAUUUUGCAUCUUCAAAGUGGUAGGCAUGUUGUGUAAAUCAAAUGAUACAAACCCCCAAAAAUCUAUUUUAAUUACAGGUUGUAAGGCAACAAAAUAGGAAAAAUGCCAAGGGGGGUGAAUACUUUCGCAAGCCACUGUAUAUGGUAACUGCCAAAAUAAAGGAAACCCGUAAAUAAGGGAUACAAAGAAUAUAGGUGCUUCCACAGAGGUGUGGUUCUUAAGUUAAUUGAGCAAUUAACAUCCCUUCAUGCUUAGGGUCAUGUAUAAAAAUGGCCAGUUGCCCAUUAUAUUGGGUACCAUGGCUAGAAGAAGAGAUCUCAGUGACUUUGAAAGAGGGGUUUCAAAGGAGCAUAGGGGGAUUAAAGUGUGUGUGUGUGUGUGUGUGUGUGUGUGUGUGUGUGUGUGUGUGUGUGUGUGUGUGUGUGUGUGUGUGUGUGUGUGUGUGUGUGUGUGUGUGUGUGUGUGUGUGUGUGUGUGUGUGUGUGUGUGUGUGUGUCAGUCACCAGAGCUCCACUCAAUUGAACACAAUUUCAACCUCCGUCAACAAAACACCAAAAUAAAAGCUGUUCUGGUGGCUCAACACCUUAUUAAAAUCUGUUAUGUUGGUGUUUCCUUUAUUUUGACAGAUACCUGUAGAUCUCUGUGGAUUUGUGCACCGCCUGGCGCAUAACUGGUGCCUUGGAACAUAGUGUAUGUGUCUGUGUGUGUGUUUUGGUUUUUACGUGUGAAGUAAGUUGGAUAUUUCUGCUUUUAUGAACUGUAAGUCAAUGCUAUGCUCUGAUCAUUGUACUGAGAGCAUUCUAUAUAGCAUUCGAUAUAUAUAUAUAGCUCCUUUUUAUUUAUAGGUCUAUCUAUAGGUCUAUCUAUAGGUUUAUCUAUAGGUCUAUCUAUAGGUUUAUCUAUAGGUCUAUCUAUAGGUCUAUCUAUAGGUCUAUCUAUAGGUGUAUCUAUAGGUUUAUCUAUAGGUCUAUCUAUAGGUUUAUCUAUAGGUAUAUCUAUAGGUCUAUCUAUAGGUUUAUCUAUAGGUAUAUCUAUAGGUGUUUUAGUGACUUUAACCCGAGUGGUCAGUAUCCUAGGCAACCAUGAAGUUUGUCCGGAUUGCCUUUAGAUGAACAAGUCAACGUGGAAACAAGUCUUCAAUAUCUCUCACUACUCUAUGGCAUUGAAGCACACAGAUCCUUCAGCCACUGGUAACAGUUGGUUGUUAUUACUGAAUUGUUUAAAGGUCCAGUGGUUUCUUACGGCUCUGGUAUAGCCUCCUAGGACCUUUCUGGUCAACAAACCUCAGUAGAUUUGUUUUCCUAGAGCUUUUUACCAUCCUCUCCUCUUCUCUCACAUCAUUUUCUCUAUGUACUUCUAAUGGUGGUUCCUCAAUCAAUGAUACCAGGCCCAUGCUGCUCCAUCAUCAGACUCCAUUGUGACUAACACCAACGCACAUCACCUCCCCUCUAUCUAGCUGUCACUCUCACUACCAUCUCUCACCUCUUCUUAGCCAUUUACAUUUUGUUUUCACUAUCGUUCUGGAAGGGUAGACUGAACACACUGGAAGAACUGAAGGAAAGUAGACCCAGUAGAAGAACAAGGGAGGAAAAGAGGAACCUCUACAGAACAACGGAACACACCUCUGAGAACCUGCCGAUACUGGAACCCAGAGAACUGACACCGGUGAUUCUGGAACCCUACGUGAUUCUCCUCCAUGACCUCUGUCUGUUGUUAUAGUUGAUAACCCAGUGACUCUCCUGCUGCUGGUUGGUUCUUCUCUGUGUGUUUCUGUGUGAAUAAGACAUUGUCAUGUUUCUUCAAAUCUAACACUGUUUGAGCUUUACUGGAUGUUUAUUACUUGAAGGUUAAUGUUUAGUUCAGACUCCUUUUUCAUACCUGUCAAUGUCAUUGUAAAAUGGGUGUGGAGGGGGGGGUGUAGUGGCGGGGGUUUGAGGUGUGUUUGGGGAGUGAAGGGAGGGAGUGGGGGGUUCAUAAGGUAAUGUCAAACAUUCUGGGUCAAACCUCCACAGCCAUAUCGGAGACAUUUUGUACGCUGUUUGUUGCACAAACUUUUCAAGAAGCAUUCUGCACUGUGUAAAGGGGUACGUACAUAGGAGGGGUUACCAAUCGGUACAGUCCAAUGGUUUUGAAUCAUGAACUUGUAAAUACGUUUUCAUAAAGCAAAACUUUUGAUAAUGUUUUAAAGGUAUCUGUAAAAAUAGAUGUACAUAAGACUCCAGGUAAAAACAGGAGUGUAGACCAUAUCUGCAUUUAUUUGUACACAAGAGCACUGGAUUUCUUUACUACUUGAUUGUAACAAAAAUUAAUUAUCAGCCAAAGUGUUUUUAUUCUUUUUUUCCUGUCUGUUUUUAAUUUUGUUUUGCUUUUUAACAGUAAAGCAUUGUAGAAAUUAGGUUGUUUAUUCUGUAUUUAAUUCUGUUCAAUAGGUUUAGUUGUUUUGGGUUUUAAACGAGGGGUUAUCCUUUCAUUUAUUGGUGCCUUGUUGGUGCUCCUGUAUAUUUUACUUGGUUGUUUCUGUUUUGGUGUUUUGUGUCCGUAGGAUGGGGAGAGGGAGUUCAAACUUAGCAACUUCUGUACUUACAUGAAAUAUCUGUACUGUAUGCCAAAAUGGUCUCACUCACGUUUCUAUGAAAUCAAGCUGUUGAUAAAUAUCUCUAUAUAUUGAUAUAUUAAAUUUAUAAAAAUCGGCCAA